UUCUGUAUGAACAGAAACUACUGGAGAUCUGGAGACGGACUCACUCAGCCCAAUGGAGGACGGAGAGGAGAGGGAGAGGGGCAUCAUGGGACUGCAAGACGACAGCAAGUGCCAACCAGGACAACCAGCCCUCAUGGACUCCCAGAAUUCCAUACCUGAAACAGGACAGAACGGAGUGGUGGUCGGUACAGAGAUGGAGGAGAAGGGAAUGGAGGAAGAAGACUUGAAGAAGGAGAUGGGGAUGGAGCUGGAGGUGGAGGCCGAGGUGAAGGUGGAGCUGUGCCAGUCAGGGCACGGCCUGCAGGUGAGCUUCAUCCGAGGCACUGACCUGUUCGGAUACGUGGGCAUCGAGGCGGUGCUGGACCAGAUGAGGCGCAAGACCAUGAAGGCCGGCCUGGAGUUCAACAUCAUGGUGGUCGGUCAGAGUGGGUUGGGGAAGUCCACGCUGGUCAACACUCUGUUCAAGUCCAAAGUCAGCCGGAAGUCAUGCACGAGCAACUACGAAGAGAAGAUCUCCAAAACGGUCAAACUGCACUCAGUGAGCCACGUGUGAGGAGAAGAGGGUGAG